AAGUCCUUGUUUACUUUAUCAUUAAUGCUUAUUUAUGGCAUGCAGGGAACAAGCUCAGCGUGAGGAACGUGAACGGAAGCUUCGUGAAGAAGAGGCGAAACGACGGGCAGAGAAAGAGGAGGCUGAGAGGAAAGCAGAAGAACGACAGAAGCAAGCUGCUGCCGCUAAAGGUGGGCAAGUCUUUCCUUUGUACUGUUGUACGCCUGAAUGCCUUGGUUCGUCAAAGCUACCGCUGCUGCCACCGCCGCCGCUGUUGCCGCUGCCUCAAGGCCGGCGCCCUCCCCACCCCGCACUUCAACUACUAGUUCCACCUCAACCCUUAAGCAGGUAUCGCCAGCUCCGAAAAAGAUUUUAACUAAACCUGCCGCCGCGUUGCAAACCCCAGCGCCAGUGUCAGCUCCAGCACCUACGCCUACACCAGCACCAUCACCAGCGCCGACCCCAGCACCGGUAUUGGCAUCGGCACCAGCAACGGCACUAGCGUCGGCACCAGCGUCGGCACCAGCACCAGCUCCGACACCAGCGCCUACCCAGACCAUAACAUCCCUGCCUCCCGCUACACCUUCAUCCUCUCGUCCAACACCUCCGCGACCUACAGUUGCCACCAACACUGUACCAACUGCUCACAUCCAACCCCAACCGAUGCCUGCACAAACUCCGUCAAGUGCGCACCCAGGGUCUUUUCAAUCGCAGCCACUGCCCUCUGCACCUCCUGGACUCCUUCCCAUUGGAAGUUACCUUCCUCCACCUCAUCAGGGUAUGCCAGUAAAUGGUUUCACCCCCCAUCCUUCAUACGCUUCCGUGGGUACGUUUCCGAGCCAGUCUUCACAACCUCUACCCACCCCUCUGUCUACUCCGGGUAUGCCGCGAGGGUACCCGAUAAUGGACAGUAAUUUCGACAGUGGUAUGAACUACCAAGCUUCGACACCUGUUCCUCCCAUCGGCCCUCCCAAAAGUUUUAGUGGUCAAAUGCAGACUCCUCUGACUUCGAGUUCAGCCGUGUCGUCCCCCAUCGGCAUGGGUUUCCCAGGCAGAUCAGAUGCUUUACCUCCUUCGGGUCCUCCGAGUCAUGUUCGCAGAGCAUCCAGUGCUCACGAGGUCAUCGGCCGUACACCCUCAAUGGGUUAUGGAACAAUUCAGAAGCCUCUCGGACCGAUAUCUCGGCCAGUUGGCGUUGCAACUAUGGACGGAGAGGAUAAACCUCCUUCUGGCUCCUCGAGUCGCCGUUCGCCAAGUCCUACAAACUUCCUUGGGAGUAAGGCUCUGAUCAAUGACGAUGACGAACUAUUACUCCCUGUAACUGGCCGCAGAUUUGGUGCGGCUCCGAACAAUGCUCACAUGUGGGGUGCACCUGGUGAACCCCCUAAAAUUAUGGAACCUGUUGGAAGCCGAUCAUUUGGAGGUCCCAGCGCAUGGGGUUACCCUCAACAAGCUGCAAACAAUCUGUGGGGCUCGGGUCCUUUCGGUGCAAUGAACGGAAUCCCACCCGCUCAUGCAUAUGGCGUCCCGCUCCAGUAUUCGAAUCGCUCCCCUUCGACACCCUCGCAGAGUAGUUAGCAGUUGUCUCGCCGUUUCUGAUUAACUAUACAUGUCUAUUACUCUCCGAUACUCUUACAUAAGUCACUCAAUGAUAAGAGUUGACGAAACCG